AUGCCCAGCACCCUCCUUAAAACUCUCGGCCUCGCUUGUCGACACCUUUGGAACAUUGCCAAACCCAUCAUAAUAAAGUUUUUUUCUGAGUUCUCAGGAGGGUGGGCCGGAACCUCUAUUGUUUGCGUGGGCCAAUUCACCCAGUCCGCUCUAGACCUCGACGAACGAUUCUGGUCAAACGGGCCUCUUCGACAAACCCCCAAGAGUGCGACUUCAACUUUAGCUUUCCGAAUGUCAUUAGUAGUUAUGCACUCGACAGAGUUAAUCGGCAUCGUUGACACAUCCGUCAAUAGGCCCCGAGUUCUACGGAAGUUAACGACUCGCGAGUUUGUUAUCGCACAUAAAAUCGCACUAAAUCCGGAGUAUGUUCAUGGCCCGUUCAUCGACGCUCUUGGAUUCGGUGACGGGAUCGUUUCUCGAACCUUUUGUUCAGCUAAUGAUCCUUACGUGCUGCGCUGCAGCGACCCUCAAAGGGGAACACACUGUAAGGGUGUCUGGGUUGGGUUGGACACAACCUAG